CCCGUGAAGCACAGUGCCCCAUACGACGCCUUUCAGGAGUCAGGGCCUCGCUGCGCCUCCGUCCUCACCUGGGACCCCGCAGGUCUACCCAUCCGGAGCCCCCUGUUUUGGGGCCCCUCUCCAGGGUCUCAGGCAGGGCCUCCCCUCUCCUCCACGGCGGCCUCUCAAGCACGGGCUGUGCUCGCAGGUGGACGCGGCCCACGGAGAAGACACCGAACCGGAGCCACAGCCCAUGGGGGACAGCAAGGAACAGCCGCAGGGCGAGGACAGCCGCGAGGAGGAAGCUGGUGGCGGACCAGCUGGUACCAACCGCCAGGGGGUGAUGGAGGGGAAGUCAGGACCCUACUUCUCUCUGGAAUCCAGCAUUGAAAUCCUGAAGAAGAGAGCCCAGGAGCUCAUUGAAAACAUCAAUGAGAGCAGGCAGAAGGACCUUGCACUCAUGGCCAACUUCCGAGACAGCCUCAAAAUUAAGGUCUCGGAUCUGACAGAGAAGUUAGAGGAGAGGAUGUACCAGGCUUACAACCAACACAGCAAGAUCAUUCAGGAACGGCUCCAAGAAUUCACCCAGAAAAUUGAAAAGAUUAGCCAACUGGAGACAGAGCUCAGAGAAGUCUGCCACACUGUGGAGACCAUGUACAAUGACCUGUGUGUCCAGCCUGAGCUGAGUGGUGACAGAAGCACGACGUCCAUCCUAUCAGUCAGAAGAGACUGUUCCCGCUGCCCGCAGCCCUGAGGCCUAGGAA